AGGGUGCUAAACAAGAGAUUAGGAAGAACACAAAUAAGAACCAUUUAUUACCUUAAUCAAUAUAAUGAGAGAGCAACUUGAAUUCUUCAUAGGAUUCUAUUAGAUCCCAUAUACUGUAUGCAUAUCAUUGACAGGUGCAAUGAAAACAAGAAGUCUCAAUAUUGCUCAAAUUUUGAUUCUAACAAAAAGCCUUAUUCAGUCUCUGCCAUCACUACCCCACAUCAGAUAAAAUUCUAACAAAGCAAUCAAUUAUUCAGCAAGAUAUUUUUUCUAUGGAAACCUUCUUCAUAGGAGUCAAAAGAGCAUGCAUAGCUUUUAUGGCAUCAUUGUUGUAGAAGGAAGAGUUUCAAAAUGCAUCUCUCCCAAAUUGCCUUUGCAAUUUCCCUGCUCCUCCUUCCUUGUUAUCUUCUACCUUCCAAUCUCAUCUUUGGAAUGACCAAGGACCAGAUUUCUCUCUUAGAAUUCAAGAAGGGAAUUAUUGCUGAUCCGACGCAAGCUCUCGCAGACUGGAAUGAAACUAAUCCUCUCUGCAAUUGGUAUGGUGUUGUCUGUGAUCCGAAUUCUGCAAGAGUGAUCAAGCUUGAUCUCAAGGACAAAAGUCUUGUUGGGACUAUCUCUCCAUUCAUCUCCAAUCUUUCAAGUUUAGAGCUACUUGAAUUGUCUGAUAAUUCCCUUCAAGGUCCAAUUCCUGUAGAGAUAGGAUUUUUGUCAAGUUUAGAACUACUUGGAAUAGAAGGAAAUGAGAUAGAAAGUGAGAUUCCUGAGAGUUUUGCCAAGCUAAUGAAGCUUCGCUACAUUGGCCUCAGUAACAACAAGCUCCACGGCAGGCUUCCUACUUCUCUCUUAUACAACUGUACAAAAUUGAGUUACAUAGAUCUCUCCAAUAAUUCCUUCACGGGAUCAAUCCCUCCACAGCUUGGAAACCAACUUCUUUUACUUGAGAACCUCCUUCUCUAUCAGAACAAACUAACUGGUGACAUUCCAGUCUCAUUUUCAAAUUUAACACAAAUGGUAGAAAUUGAUCUUGAAGAAAAUUUUUUAUCUGGUAUAUUGCCAUCAGAUAUUUUGAGCCAAAUGCCUUAUUUGCAGAUACUUCAUCUCUCCUGCAACAACUUCUCGAGUGAUGAGCAGAAUUCAAAUCUCAAACCUUUCUUUAACUCCAUAUCAAAUCUCACAGAUCUCAAGGAGCUUGAGCUAUCUGGAAACAAUCUUGGAGGUAGGAUUCCUUUGACAAUAGGUCAUCUAAGUGUCAAUCUUACAGAGAUUGAUCUUGGAGAUAAUUUUAUUCAUGGAAGCAUCCCAACAAAUGUUUCAAAUCUCUCAAAACUCAUGCUGCUGGACUUUUCAAACAAUUUUUUGGAUCAAACCAUUCCCAAGGAAUUGAUUCUUCUCCCCAAUCUGCAAAGGCUUUGGCUCUCUAAUAAUUUUCUAAGUGGCCGAAUUCCUUCACCUCCUCAUAUUCUAAAUAGUAUAGGACUGUUAGAUCUAUCAAAAAACAAGCUUUCUGGAGCCAUCCCAACCUCUCUAGCAAACCUAACUCAGCUGAGAACCCUUAUCCUUAAUGGAAAUUCUCUUUCAGGACAGAUACCUUCAAGCCUAGGAAGCACGAAGCUAGAACUUCUUGAUUUGUCUCACAAUAGGCUUAGAGGAAUAAUACCUGCAGAAGUUGCAAGUUUGAGCUCAAUGGAAUUUUACUUCAAUUUGUCUCAUAAUUUUCUAGGAGGAAUGAUCCCCAUGGAGCUGGGCAAUAUGGACAAGGUCAGAGCGAUAGAUCUUUCGUCAAAUAACUUCUACGGAAGCAUUCCGUCCACUCUUGCAGGCUGCGAAGUCGUUGAGCUGCUGAACCUGUCGAAUAAUAGUCUUCAAGGUGCAGUUUCUUCAUCCUUGGGCCAUUUACUAAGCUUCCAAUCCUUAGACCUCUCAUUCAAUUUUCUCUCAGGUGAAAUUCCAGCCUCUCUUCAAAAAUUCUCCAGCCUCAAGCAACUCGAUCUCUCAUUCAACAACUUCAGUGGAGAAAUACCCACAGGUGGGGUUUUCGACACAUUAACAUUUGAAUCUGUUGAAGGAAACCAUCUCUGUGGACAGCUUCUAGGGCUUCCUAGUUGUAAACAUGGGGCUCGAAGAAUUAUAAACUCGAGAAGAUCCUUUGCCCUGCUCAUAAUUAUCGUCUCCCUGUCUGCUUUCCUCCUUACAGUCAUAGCAGUGACUGGUUGCAGGAAUAUCAAAGCUGCAUUGAUUAAGGCUUUCUACACUGUUUCAAGUAAGUCAGUUCCUGAUCUGACAACAAAUUACCCGAGGAUUACAUACAGAGAACUUUCGGAAGCAACAGGAGGAUUUCAGGAAGCCAGACUGAUUGGUUCUGGGAGUUUUGGGCGUGUGUAUAGAGGAAUCUUGAGUGAUGGAACUGUGGUUGCUGUAAAAGUUCUUCAAUUACAGAGCAGUAACUCCACGAGUAGCUUCAACAGAGAAUGUCAGGUUCUCAAGAGGAUUCGCCACAGGAAUUUAAUUAGGAUCAUAACAGCUUGCAGCCUUGCAGACUUCAAAGCUCUGGUUCUGCCUUUCAUGACUAAUGGUAGCUUGGAGAGCCAUUUAUACCCGCAAGAGCAGAAUUCAGGGUUCUCGCAGCUGAGCUUGAUGGAAUGUGUAAGUAUCUGCAGUGAUGUUGCUGCGGGUAUGGCAUAUUUACACCAUCAUUCUCCAGUUCAGGUUAUUCACUGCGAUUUGAAGCCAAGUAAUAUUCUUCUCAAUGAGGACAUGACUGCUCUUGUAUCAGAUUUUGGAAUCUCUAGACUAGUCAUGACCGUUGCAGAGGGGAAUCCAGUUUGUGAGAACACAACAAAUUCAACCGCAAACCUGCUCUGUGGAUCAAUUGGGUAUGUCGCUCCUGAGUAUGGAUAUGGUAGAAGUGCAUCAGCAAAGGGAGAUGUCUACAGCUUUGGUGUACUUGUGCUUGAAAUGGUCACAAGGAAGAGACCUACUGAUGAAAUGUUCACAGAAGGCUUAAUCCUGCCGAAAUGGGUUAGAAAUCAUUUUGCUAAUCAGCCAGAAAAGAUUAUCAACUCAUCUGUAAUGCAACAGCUACAGAAUCAGAGCCAAGAAAUAAGAAACAUGUGGGAAGUUGCAAUCAUAGAGAUGAUUGAAUUAGGGCUUCUUUGCACAGAAGAGAACCCUUCCGUGAGGCCAACACUGAUUGAUGUUGCAGAUGACUUAGAAAGGCUUAAAAGAUAUUUAGGAGGAGAUAGUACUGCCACAUUCACAUCCUCUCAUGGUAUAUCUUCAUCAACAAUUGCAGAACAGUACUGGUAAACUUUAGUCUUGUUCAGUUACACAGGCAGGUAGCUUUGCUUUCUGUAAACAUUUGAAGUGUCAGUUGAUCCAAAUGGUUUUACUGAAAUGUAUACUGAUGAAUGCCUCCAAGUUUCAGUUUCUAUUCUAAGAGAGGCAGUUAGUAUACUUUUUGUA